CAACAGUCCAAGAGUUGCUCACGAACUUCACGCCAGCAACCAUCGGAAGAACAUCGACGCUCUAUAUGUGACGUUGCCUUUUUAUCUGACCGCAGACUUAUCUCCACCGUUUCACACAGCAUCGCACUUUCUCGAGAGAGCGUUGUGCUGUUGCACAGGCACGUGUCUCGUCGCGUCAUUUCGACAACAUGCGUUCCUUGAUCUUUCUUACAUUUCUCGCGGUGGUUCACUGCCAGGAAUAUUUCCGGCAACCGGAAAAGAUCAUUAGCGAUAACCGGAACCUCGGUGACAAUCGUGGCCACUAUUCGUUCACUUAUGAGACUGAGGGCGGUAUCGUGCAAACAGAGACCGGAAGCCGAAAGUACGCAGGCACGCCGUCUGAAACUCAGCUAAUUCAAGGAUCCGUACAGUAUAAUGCUCCGGAUGGUACGCCGAUAGCGAUUAGCUGGACCGCUGACGAGUUUGGUACUCAAGUAGCAGGUACUCACAUUCCAACACCGCCGCCAAUACCGCCAGCCAUUCAGAGAGCUCUCGAUUGGAUCGCGAAACAACCCUCGACACCGGAACCUGAGGAAGUCGCCAAAGACUCGCCAAGUCAACAAAAUGCCGUUCCAGCAGCCAGCACUAAUCGACUACAUAAACCAUUACGGCCGAGUCAACGAAAUUGAUUGCCCGUGAUUAAAACGUUAGAAUAGUCGUUAGAACAAGUUUAUGUUAGCUCUUAAUAAUGUACAAAAUAAACUUUGUAUUUUCGUAGAAAAA